UUGCUGGACCGCAGAGUUUCUAAACCAUAUAAUGUACUGCCUUUGGUCGGACUUUUGCCCAAACGACAAAACCCCAGUGUCCAAUUACAAUUUCCAGGUUAGCGUUUUUUACUUCGCGUUGGAGACAGGACUUGGUUGACAGAUGUUAUUUAGCUGCUAACAAUGGCUAACUGUAUGGUUUUUCACACUCAAAUAGCCUCCGUCAUGGAGGUACUGGCGAAUGCAGCCGUGUCAGAGAUCUGUAAACUCGUAGACGACGACUAUGCAGUGUUUCGUUUGGAAAUAACUCAAAGCCAGAAAGAAAACAGGACAUUGCGGAGGAAACUACAGCUACUUGAACUGAAGGUGGCACGGGAGCGCGCAGAGAGGACAAUGCGAGAGCGCGUCCUCGCCAGUCGUCCUAGAAGUGUCAAGAUCCUCGACCGAAACAGAGGAAUGGCAAGAGGUGAAGGACAUCUCACUGGAGGCCACAGGAGCUUUGUGAAGCCAGCGGGACACAAUAUAUGGAGAGACGACCAACCAAUCACGGUUGAUGAAGGGAGUGGAACCUCAACCCAGCACAUUAUCAUAAUAGAGUCUGCAGAUGCAGAGGCUGCAGGUCCUGGGGUCAAGCAGGAGAGGGCUGAAGGAGAGGAGGACCCCCAGAACAGCAGAGACAGCCAGACUGGAGCGCAGAGUAGUCCUGCUGUAGCCACAGAGGACCCCACCACCGCCCCAGCGCAGCCCAGCAGCAUCACGGAGGAGGAGGAGGGUCCAGAGGUGCUGCUGAUGAAGGAGGGGAUGUGA